GCUGUUGGGUUGAAGUGGAAAGGGGGAGAAAAAUCCAAGAAAAAGAAAAAAAGCAGUCUGCUUUUUCUACGAGGUUAAAAAUAAGCACCGAAUUUCAGAGAUUGCUAGAUAGAGACAUGAAAGAACACAGACGAAUAAGCGAGUGUAGGCUGCACACAGUUACGGGAUGUUCUUGCAGUUAGUGCGCUUUCUUUCAGAAUGUCUGAACAUGUGGACUGGUUUGGUGGGAACGGAUCAGGGUGCGCGUCCACGUUGGGUGAGAGCUUGUUGGUGCGCGUCACCGGGACGCUGUUACACGCCCACCGAGCGCGCGCGUCAGUCAGUGCGCGACAGGAAGCGACAGAACACAACACAAAUAAAUAAACAUAAUAGAGAAGAGCGGUCGGGAAAUUCAACAACAACAACAACAACAAAACCUCUUUAACACCGUGUUUCAGGUCGUGAGGGCAGCGCUGUAAUUCGGCCAUGACCGGGCUCAUGUCGGCCGGUUUCGGGAGAUUCACUCACGCCGUGAUACGCGCCAUGCCCGCGUCGUUCGCCGAGCGAGCGCUCCGGAGCGGCGCGGGGCAGGUGGACCAGGCGCGCGCGCAGCAGGAGCACGACCACUACGUCGACGUGCUUAGGAACCGGCUCGGUCUGGAGGUGCUCGAGCUUCCCGCCGACGAGGCUCUGCCGGACUGCGUGUUCGUGGAGGACGCGGCGGUGGUGUGUGGAGACACCGCCCUGAUCACCAGACCCGGAGCCGAGAGCCGCCGCGGAGAGACCGAGGCCAUGAAGAACACCUUGAAAGAACUUGGCCUGAACAUUGUGGAGAUGACUGAUGAAUCGGCUACGCUGGAUGGAGGAGACGUUCUUUUUACAGGUCAAGAGUUCUUCGUGGGGUUGUCAAAAAGAACCAAUCGAAGAGGGGCGGAGAUCCUAGCAGACACCUUUAAAGACUAUGCUGUGUCCACUGUGCCACUUAAGGAUACCCUGCACCUGAAGAGUUUCUGCAGUAUGGCAGGUCCAGGACUUAUUGCUAUUGGUUCCAGCGAACCAGCCCAGAAAGCCUUAAAGACAAUGGAGCAGAUGAGUGAUCAUAAAUAUGAUAAACUCACACUUCCUGACGAUGCUGCCGCAAACUGUGUGUACAUGAACCUGCCCGGUAAAGGCCAUGUCCUGCUGCACUGCACGCCGGAGGAGUACCCAGAGAGUGCCAAGGUGUUUGAGAGGCUGAAGGAGCACAUGCUCAUCCCCAUUCCUAACCUGGAGGGGGCGAAGGUGGACGGAGCGCUCACAUGCUGCUUGGUUCUCAUCAACAAGCCAGCCAAGGUCUAAAGGGCCGUACCGAGUGCACACUUAAACCCUGCACCAAUGCCUUUAAAGUAGGAUGUCUGGACUGCUUUGCUGUGUUAUGGGAUUAUUAUGGGAGGAUCGGAGGCUAAUUCAGGGGUCUAGUCCCAAAUUCAACAUAUUAACUCCCCUUGAAUAGUUGCUAAAAAAAAAAUCUCAAGACGCAACAGUUACCAGGUCGAUUGUACAGUGUUUAUUGCACUGAGCAUGUCACACCAAUUCCUGAAAAUUUUCAGUUUGCUCACUUAUACUUAAACAAAACAAGAUGCAUUAGCACUGGUCUAAUACAGCAUAUAGGUUCUGAACCACUAUUGGACAGGAAUGCUUACACAUGUUGUGCGGAAACAAGGGUGGUGCUGGGAUUUGAAUUCACAACCUUCCCUUUGGUUUCCCAAUGCCUUAAACACUGAGCCACCACUGCCAGCUAUUAUUGCCGAGAUGCCAACUUAUCUGUAGCAUUUAUGAUUUUUGGCUUCUUUCUACAGGGAUACGCGAGACAUCUAAAAACUAUACAUUCUAUAAAAUUCAUACAUAACAGACCAAUAACAAUAUAAUUUAAUGGUGGAAAAACAAUUCACUUAAGGGAAAAAGAAAACCAUUCAAAGAUGGGAAAGAAGAGCAUUUGCUUCUGGCUACUUUCGAUUCAGUAAAAAAUAAUGGGAGAGCUGCAUAUCAUUGAGUAGUACUCACACUGGACUUUUAGCUAACUUUACCUCACAAGAAGCUGUCUUAUUCAACAAUAUGUUUUAGGGUUUUUUUUGGUAAAUUUGAUGUUUUUUCUCUGCGCCUGAUAGGACUUCUUGUUAGCAAAAUUGGAAGCUCUGUAAAUUACAAAAUGGGAGUGGUGCAUUCAUAUUACAUUCCACAACUCUGAAAAAUGCAGCCUGCCCAAAAAAACCCUGAAGAAAGAAGCCAGAAGUGAGCAAAAGUGUGAAUGGAACACAGCCUAUGAUUUAGCCUCCUGUCAUGCCAUGUCCAACACACCCAGUGACUCCCAGUGCAAUCCUUUACAACAAUUACUUCCUUAUCCUGUUCAUCCUCCACUAUUCUUCAUCCUGGGAGUAGAGGUGCUAUAAGAGCAAAAAAGAUUUGUAGGCCACGGGAAGCAGACCAGACAGAUUUGAAACUCAGCCCUUUGUUCUAGUGUCCUUAAUUCAAUUCAACUUAGUGCAUUUCAACAUAGAAAAGAAAUUGCUGAACUCAGGAGUACACGGGCCUAGCAAGCCUGCAGCUUGAAAAGCAUCACAGAGAUUAUUUCAACCUUGUUUGUUUGCAGGUGUGAAGGUGUGCAUACGUACGAGCCCAAAUUCCUAAUUGUUUACAAUCCUUUAAAAAGCCACUAGAAGACCCUGCCACUGUUCCUGCUGUUUUUCUACAAUCACUAAAGUCAACAGAGAUUUUCAGUAGCCAAUAAAGAGCUCUUGCGAUGA